AUGUCUUCUACAAUCAAGAUCCCAAUCACACGCAAAUCCACGCAGAGCGCUGGCUCAGUUUCGUCGUCUUCGUCGUCGUCGUAUUCCAUGUCGCCGCAGAAGACCCCGGAGCUGGCCAAGGCUACACCGUCACAGUCACCUUCACAGUCUGGUCCACGAUCCUACAUCCACCAGAGACGUCCGAGCCUGCUCAGCACCUCGUUCAGCAAAGAGGAGUGCACCGUCAUCAACGUAGGCGACCCAGAUGGGCCGCCCCGCCUGAUUUCUUACUUGUCCUCUAGCCAAGGCUUUGUUUGGAACCCCGAGAUCUUCGUACCAUCUUAUCUCGACAUUGACACAGGAUCUCUCGAGAUCAAGCUCGACCCGGUGCAUGAGAUCCUCCUUUCCGAUGAAGAAAUCAAAAAGAUGCUGCCGCAAUAA